UACAGGUCGGCAGGCAGAUGACAAUAAUAACAACAGUAAACACUACAGCAGCGUGGAAUGGUUUUUCCCCGAGAUGCGGUAAUUUGAUUCUCCUCUCACAAGCAAGUAUAGAUAGAGAGUGAGUACACUGCACUUAUCUCGCUAUAGUUCGAUCCACCAUCACGAUCAGUCUACCUCAGUACGCUCGGUGAUUCGUGAGCUCCUCCGAUUUGUUCCUAAUUGUAGGUUAUCUAAGCUAGGCUUCUGUCUAUCGAUAAUAAUGGAAGCAAAAACGUUUAGAACUAUUGGGUUUGUGUAUCUUGUCGUGUUUUGGAUAUUUUCAACUUUGGGAGUUAUCUACACAUAUUUGCACAUUGUCGUCGGCAAACCGUUUUGUGUUAACGUUCUGUGCUAUGAAGAUAAAAUCAGCACCGGCAUUGUAACGCUAUGCAUGGUCGGAUUCGUUCUGUCGACAGUUUUCAUCGCAUUUGUGAAAAGUGCAAUAGAACAGGCGAACGCAUCCUUCAUCGGAAUCUAUCGGCCGAUAGUCCUACUCCGAAACGUGCUACUGAUAGCGCUGUGGAUCUAUCAGUACACCAUGCUGGAGAUGGAGCGGGCUCGUGGAGACACCACCUCGGAGGUGCGUAAUGCAGAGUACAUCACCCUGGCACUGCUAGUCGGAACGACAGUCAUCACCGGUUUCGAGCUGUGGGUUCUUAGUGGAAUUCAACGACUGACGAACCAGAGGCUUGAGGAGGAAGAAUGCAUUGAAGCGGUUUAAAAUUAAACAAAAAUAAUAGGAUGAAACAGUUCAUCAGUGGAGAUGUAACAGAUUUCAAUCUCGAGAUUAUCAUGACAUUACUGCGAAAUCCACCUUACACUGAAAUAGGUAUUCGGGCCGCAGUAUUAUUAAUCAGCUAUAAAUAAAGGAACUGGAAUAAGUAACGCUUCUGUUUCUGGAAG